GUAUUUGUGAGUGGUGUGGGUUAGGAUUUGGGUUAGGAUCAGGGUAUAUUUUGAGUGAAGGGAUUUCUCUUCCAAGCUGUGUUUUAACGUACGGACUAGGGUUGCUAUGUUUGUCCUAGCGGUGGAAGAAAUUGGUCAGAUCUUCGUCUGCCAUGGACUUUAAUCCAGUGGAGGAUGGCCUGUUUUUAGGUAGCAGAAGGGGGUUGCAAGAUUUUCUGCUCUCCCAUACCAGUUCGACUGUGAAGGUGCUGACCAUCGAGAGCGAUGAUUUGUCUCAGAUUCCAUCCGGCGUGUUGGAGCAUAAAUUUAUACAAGUGGAUGACUUAGUAACAGCUGAUCUGCUCUCUCAUUUUGACGACAUAGUGUCGUUUAUUAAGACUGGACUGCUGACAUGUGCUGUAUAUGUGCACUGUCGGCACGGCGUCUCCCGAAGUGCCACUGCCUGUGCCGCCUAUCUGAUGGCCAAACACGGGAUCUCUGCCGACGACGCCGUCAAGAGGCUGCGCCACUGUCGGCCGUGCGUGAGCCCCAACGCUGGCUUCCGUCGACAACUGGAGCUGUACGAACGACUCGGGUGUCGCACAUCUCUCGAGCAGCCAGAGUUCCGUCGGUACAGGCUCCGUGCCGCAGCGCAGGCCGCCGGAAUGGACAUCUCCCGCCUGACGACGCUGUCUGAACCUCUGCUGGUGGCUGACGCCGGCCUCCCGGGCGCGGCCGGUCCCCCGGCGGCCGUCUACAGAUGCCGACAGUGCCGCACGGCACUGUUCUCCGAGCACUCAGUCGUCAAGGAGCAGGAAAAGGCGCCUGGUGUGACCGCCGGCUGCAUCCGCCUGCUGCCGCUACCCUGGAUGACUACCGCGCUCUGCCAGCCGCGGGGACGCCUCAGCUGCCCGCGCUGCUCGCACAAACUGGGGUCGUUCAGCUGGCUGCCCGACUCUGGUCUACCGGAGGAGGACUUUGAGCCGUCGUUUCUCAUCACGCGGUCUCGCGUCGACCACUGUCCACCACGAGUUGCUGCGCUGUGUAUAGCACAGAGGCCCCUGGCGGAGAAACCACGUACUAUAGUUGCGAAUGGCAGUCGAUAGAUGACACUGACCACAGUUACGGGCCUGGUGCCGUGCGAGAGACGAGUUUGCGUCGUUAUGUUUAAAGAUGGGACCAUUUAAUAUCGGACCAUUUCAGAAGUUGUCAGAUUUGUCUGUACACACUCUCAGUCAUUGAGUGGACACCCAAGUGGCUUCUCCCAUUGGAUAGUCCAAGACUCGUCCAUGAAUCUUCGACUGCUGCCUUGUUCGUUUAAUCAUUUAGUGUUCGUAUUUUUGCUGGCCAUUAGCGCCUCGAGAAGCAUCGCGCUACAUAGCCGUUUGGCUCCAUUGGAGUUAUAAGUGACAUUGUGACUGGUGCCAUCCGUGGGCAUAAGUUGACUCAAAUCCGACGCACAAUGUCGGUAUUGUUACACAGUGGAGACACAAUCCCAAUGGUUAAGGAUCUCUCACGUGAUGCCUGUGAUAUGUGAAUGGUGUGUCUGGUGGAAAGAAAUGGUACUUUCCUCCCGUGUAUUGCCUCCACUUGAAAUGAAUUCCAUCUCUCGCCCUAUUUUACGAUAUUUUUCAUAGUCACUUCAAUGCACCACAUAUUGGAUCAAGCCCGGAGCUGUAUGGAAACCAGUAACCCACCGUUUGAGUCAGUAACGCGCCAUUUCGUAUUACGUUUGGGUGGGUUAUUGCAGCAAUUGGCCUUUCAGUGUUUUAUGCAUUCGCCACUUGGCAAAUUGUACUGUGAGCUUUGAGCGUUUAACGAGCGUAAAGACAGGCAAGACAUAUUCCAUGUUCACCUCAAAUGGUGACUCGCACUCUAUCAGAAUUAUUGAGGUUGUGUUUCCGCCGUUAUGAUUCAUUGGAAAAGUGCAGUUGAUUCCUAGUACAACAUGCUAAAGAGUGGCGUACCACUCACUGCCUUGCCCGUCUGAAUGUCUGAGUCGCUCGUAAACCGAUAUUAAAGGGCGUCGGUUGGCUUUAAUAACCAUUGUAAAGAAAUAAGUUCGCAUACUUUAGUAUCAAAGUGCAUCGUAUCGCUGUGUGCAGAGUGGCCCUUUGUCAUGCAAGUGGAGAGGAAAUACACAAUGUUUCCAUGAAA